UCCGCCCCUGGCUCAUGCGAGCUGGGUGUUUCCUGCCUCUUUCAGUCCGGGUUUGGAGACUCCGGAGUCCUCCAACUUUUCAUGGAAGAGAUGUCAGGAGAAAGUGUGGUGAGCUCAGCGGUGCCAGCGGCUGCUACCCGCACCACCUCCUUCAAGGGCGCAAGCCCCAGCUCCAAGUACGUGAAGCUGAACGUGGGUGGCGCCCUCUACUACACCACCAUGCAGACGUUGACCAAGCAGGACACCAUGCUGAAGGCCAUGUUCAGUGGGCGCAUGGAAGUGCUCACCGACAGUGAAGGCUGGAUCCUCAUUGACCGCUGCGGGAAGCACUUCGGUACGAUCCUCAACUACCUGCGUGACGGGGCAGUCCCCUUGCCCGAGAGCCGCCGGGAGAUCGAGGAGCUGCUCGCAGAAGCCAAGUACUACCUGGUCCAGGGCCUGGUGGAGGAGUGCCAGGCAGCCCUGCAACAGAACAAAGAUGCGUAUGAGCCGUUCUGCAAAGUUCCCGUCAUCACCUCAUCCAAAGAAGAACAGAAACUUAUAGCAACAUCGAAUAAGCCAGCCGUGAAGCUACUCUACAACAGAAGCAACAACAAGUACUCCUACACCAGCAACUCUGACGACAACAUGUUGAAAAACAUUGAACUUUUCGAUAAGCUGUCUCUGCGCUUUAACGGAAGGGUCCUGUUCAUAAAGGACGUCAUUGGGGACGAGAUCUGCUGCUGGUCCUUCUACGGCCAGGGCCGGAAGAUCGCCGAAGUCUGCUGCACCUCCAUUGUCUACGCCACUGAGAAGAAACAGACCAAGGUGGAGUUCCCUGAAGCUCGGAUUUACGAGGAGACCCUGAAUAUUCUGCUGUAUGAGGCCCAGGAUGGGCGGGGACCUGACAAUGCGCUCCUGGAGGCCACAGGUGGGGCGGCCGGGCGCUCCCACCACCUGGACGAAGAUGAGGAGCGGGAGCGGGAGCGCAUUGAGCGCGUGCGGCGGAUCCACAUCAAGCGGCCUGAUGACCGUGCCCACCUGCACCAGUGAGCGGGCAGGCGGCCGGGCCCUCCUCCCGAGCUCCUCCACCUCCCUGCUCCGCACUCAGAUCCCGUGCAGGCUCCGGCGCCGCCCACUUCCCCUGGAGUCUAGAGAUACUUUUGUAAUAGCCAGAUGAUUAUUUUGAUACUUCUCGACAAGGUGAAUUGGUUUUUACCCAGGUGAAUGCCCGCUGUUGCUGACAAGCUGGGUCCAGGGGCCCUGCUUUCUGUGGGGAGCUUUGGAGCCAGGCUCGCUGGGCUCUCAAAGGAAAAGUGUGAUUGAGUAUGAAGUGUACGUGAGAACUUUUGUUUGCAGUAUUUAUUUUUGUGGAUGUUGACUACCUAUGUGAGCUGCUUGGGUUCGGUUUGACAGCUCUGAGAGGGAUCCUGCAGCUGGUGGCCACCGGGGGGCGUCGUCAGGUUGUGUCUUUCCUGUCCUCCAGCCCAGCACACUGACCCCGGGUCCUGUGCACUGCACCAGGCUCGGUUUCCAGAUGGGCUUUGCGCCGUCCUGCAGCAGGACUUUGUGCCUAGAGCUUGUUGGUGAAUAAGUGCAGCCUGCAGCAGUGCAGAUGGGACCUGGUGUGCUUUAUGCUUCUGAAUUGUCCCUGUGUAGCUCUGGGUGCCUGUGCUCUGGUGCUCGGUGGGCCCCCAUGCAUCUGGCUGAGGGCAGAGCUGUCCCUGGGGGUGAGUGCUCAGCUCCGUGCCUGGCUCCUACCCCUUCCGACUGCCCUCCUGCAGACUCACUGCAUUCCAGGAAGGCCCUCUGGCUCGGCUACUGGCAUAGCUCAUCAGCCGAGGGACCCAUUGCCCCUCGGCCUCCUUCCCUGUCAAGCUGAGCUCACUGCUGCAAGGAGAUGCCCUGCCCUUUGCUCAGAAACUCAGGGUGGCCCUGCCACUCCCACCAGCAGCCUUGGGGCAGUUUGCCUGCCGUAAAUGGAGCCAGUAGCUGGUGAUCGAUUGCCUUGCAGUCUCUGCCUCUGACUUGGACACAGUACGGGGUGGCCACUAGUGAGAGGCUGUGCAGAUCCCUUCGGGGCUAGUUAGUGUUCACGUGUUUAAGGGACGUGUGUGAGUGUUGGGGGAUGUGUGCUCGUGGGGAGCUCGCAGGUGCUCGGUGGUGUGGGCGUUCUCGGUUACCUACCUCCCAGUCUCCUCUGCGCCCGUCCGGGCAGGAGCGAGUUGUGACGCGUGCGCGCGGUUGGGACUAGACUAGGUAGAGUAGUUACAAGGUGAUAGGAAUGUGUACGUGGUAAUGGAUGGGUUGUGUCUGCUUUCCAAGGGAAAUGUUACUGUUUAUACCAAAGGUAUUAAUUAAUACGGGCAGCCUCCGACACAGUGUAUUCCAAAAAAACGAGUUUAUAUUUUGAAAUGGUUUUUACAGCUUCGACUGUGUUCGUUCUGCUCUCCCUGCAACAGUUUAUGCCUUUAUUUUUGUACCCAGCAGCAAAGCCCCCGUAAGCCUGUAAAACUAUUGCGAUGGAGCCCAAAAGUUGGGUAGAUCCUUUUUAAACUGCUGUGUGGGAAACUUUCAUAUAAGGCCACUUGGAUUUUAUUAACUGCUAAGGAAAGGGGGUGCUUAAAAAACGUUUCUUAACUAUUUUAUACUGUUUGAGUUUCAAACCACCAACCCUGCCGUUUGGGUUGGACUUUUUUAGAAAGUUAAAGUGAAUGUCAGUACUGACGUUUUCCGUGGGAAUGGAAAAGCCAUCAAAUAUCUUGUUCUUGAAACAUGUUUACACAAAGAGUCCGUUUGUGGAGCAAUCUGAUGUGUCUGGGCUUCUGCUCCUCGUGACCUAACGUUUCUGGCAGUCCCUCCCUCUCCCUGCACUUUCCUUCCACCUUUGCACUUGUAGUUUCGAGUCUCUGCUUCCCUGGGAUACGAGCGGUCCCAAAAACAUUCCAGGUCCAGGACGAGGGCUGGCCCGCUGCCGUCUGGUGUAUCCUACAGGACCCGGUCUUCCCUCGGCUGGCAGUACGGGCGCACAGAAGUCAGUAUUACACUUCAGAGCCGUCCCAGUAAGCACUGGCCUGAGAUUUGGUAAAGGGUACAAUUUUAUUGCAUUGGGACAGCUUUUGGUUCCCUGGAACCCCAUUGUUUUUGCAAACACGCCAUCUGUCUGUGGUGACCGGGCCUGGGCCCGGGACUGCCCCUGGCGUAGCUGCUGCCAUGGCCCUCCCUCAGGGGCGCAGCCCUGUCGUCAGCCAGAUGUGCGUGUCCUCACAGCAGCUGCCCUCUGCACACCCGUGUGUCGCUGACCCCUCUGUCUCCUUGUGCUGCGAGAAAAGACGCUGUACGCUUUCGAAGCAGUUGCUGUGUGUUGUACGAGCGUUUGUGGACACAUGUAAAAUAAAAGUGACGUGAUGCUUCCACCUAAA